CUGCACAAGAGGCGUCCAACGAACAGCGAAUGUCUGUUGACGACACAAAUCUGUCCCAUCCAUCCACACAGUCCCUCACCUCACACACUCACACCCUUAGGCACAACAGCCAGCUGACAAUGUUCCAUGGAACACACACACUACACCCACAGCUGCCUUCCUCCUAUCCCCCGCCCCUCAUCCCUUCCACCCGAACAAUCUCCCCGGUUUGUUGGCUUCCAAGAAGGAAGUCCUCUGCAGAUGGCUGACGGCCUUCCGUGCCCUUUUGGCCGCCGGCUGCUGGGUGGCUGCCUCUUCUGUGCCGGCCUCCUCGCUGACGACCGUGAUCUGGGGCCGCUUCGGCUUCGGGGGGGCCAGUCUGAGUGGUGUGGGGAGUGGUGUGUCCGGCGGGCUGGGCGGCGGGACGGCCUGUGGUGUGGAGGGGGGAGCGGGGGCGAGGAGGGGGCUGGGCCACAGGCUCACACGCCGCAGCAGGUUGGCAGGGUUGAUGGUGGGCGGACAGGCAAUGGGCCUCCCUUUGUUGUGGCCGGGGUCCUUCCGCAGAUACCUGAUUAGACAGACAGACAGACAGAUCUGUCUGUCCUCUGUCUCACACACACACACACACAGAUCCACACGUACGUGUCUGUGGUGCGGCGGAUGUCAGCGUACAGCUCGGCGAUGGCGGCCUGCCGUCUCCUGGAGAAUCGAGUGUCCUAUAUGUGUGUGUAGAUGGACAAAGAAUACCAAUCAACAAAAGGAAAGGCGUCACGCACAAGCGAGAAUGGCUGUGGAGUGGUUUGGUGUGUGUCUGCAGACAGACAGUGCGUACCAGGACGAGAUUCUCGCUGUGUGUCUGCCCAAUCAUCUUGUCCCACUGCCGAACAAUACCCUCUCGUUGCUGCGUGGGCACACACACACACACACACACACACACGUGUGACACCGUGGGUGAAGUCACACACUGCGUAUGUGUCUGUGUGGGGUACCCACCAGGGUCAGUAGUUGCUCUGUCGGUGUGGGCAGCAUCUUGACUUUGCGCACCACGCCGCCACCGACAAACCUGUGGGCAGAGACGAACACACGGGUGGGUGGAUGGAGGAAUGUCGUGUUGCAUUCUGCUGUCGGUACCCUCUGUUGGCCUCGAGAGCAGAGAGGUCAUGCGGCUGGUCCGCAAACGACCACACAGACUCGACGUUGAUGCCCCGUCCUCCACCACCUUCAGUGCGUCAGCAAAACACCCCCCUCUGCACACAGCAAAGCAGACACACACAAAAGACGCACAGACACACAGUGUCCUCCCUUGUGGUGAUGUGUGGAUGCAUGGGCCCCUCUCUCAUGUCACACACACCUUCCACGUGUAGGACAGUCGCGGGUCCGCCCGCCCGCACAGGUCGGCAUGGCGGCGCGCCGAUACGACGGGGAUCUGGUUGGCGGUCAGAAAGGUCCGCACCUUCUCAUACCCCGACUGUGCGAGGCAGGUCGUCAGCCUGCACACACACACACAGACAAAUGUUUGCAGUGACACGUGUCACCAGCGUGUCACACACUGACCACCCAGGGGAGCCGUUGGAGAUGAUCAUGACCCGCCCGUCCUCGUGUGCCCGCCGGAUGACGGCCAGGGCGGCCUCGCCGCUCUGCAACGGCGCGGGGGACGGCCCGGCGUUGCUGAAGAAGGACGUGGGGAACAGUGUGUCGUCCUGAACAGAUGCAUUCAGUCCAUAACAUGCAUGUGCAUCCACAAACCAUGGAGAUCUUUUGUGGUUUCCGCCCCUCACCCAGUCGAAUAUGUACAGCUUGAACCCGCCCUGCACCAUGGGAACCAUCUGCAGCGCGGGGCUGGCCGCCAGGGUGCCCUCCCGUCCAUGCGGCUGCUGGGGCUGCUUACCGCCGGCCGCCGCGGAUUCGCCCAACAUGUACACGCCGAACUUCAUGAGGCUCGGCACGGCGAUGCGUUCCCGCCUUGAGGGCAGACGGGGCGUGCCUGUAGGGCCGUGCUGUUGUCGAAUGCGGAACGACGAGUGCCUUCUGACGGCGAUGGACACUGCUGCUGGACGACCCAGCCGGUUGUCACAAUUUGCCUUUGCAAAUCACUCGACGCCGCGGUUUUCAGCUGACACCAGG